AUGGUUUGUUGGUUUGUAACUUUGUUUAUCAUUGGUAUUUGGCGUAUAACAUAUAAGCCUUCUAUUUUGAAAGCGUUUAACCCAUGGGAAGCGUUUGAUUAUCUGUUGAUCGAAAAGACUCGUGGUUUCUAUCAAAUCGGUGGUGUGUUUUUAUCCGUCACUGGUCUCGAAGCUCUGUACGCUGAUUUAGGUCAUUUCGGAAGAUGGCCAGUUCGUGCAGCUUGGUUCUUUGUGGUAUUUCCCGGUGUCUUAUUCAAUUAUUUAGGUCAAGGAGCAUUAUUAAUCGUUGAUCCAUCGCUAGUUGACAAUCCAUUUUAUCAUGCAGUACCAAAUUGGUUCCAUUGGCCUAUGGUUGUUCUGGCUACUGUAGCAACAAUCAUUGCUUCGCAAGCAAUCAUUACUGGUAGCUUCUCAUUGGUCAGUCAAGCCAUUGGUAUGGAAUGUUCAGUUCCUGUUAAAAUUUAUCAUACAUCAAAGACAAUCAUCGGUCAAAUUUAUAUUCCAACGGUCAAUUAUAUUUUAAUGAUUUUGACUAUUAUCAUUAUCAUUGGAUUUGGUACGAAUGCGAGUAUUACGAAUGCUUAUGGUGUGACUGUUUGCACUGUCAUGGUAUUUACAACAAUAUUAUAUAUGUGUGUUAUGCAUUACACAUGGCAUAAACCAUGGUAUAUGAUUUUACCGUUCGGUUUGUUUCUUAUUAUCGAUGGAUACACAUGGGCAUCGAAUGCUACUAAGAUUCCUACUGGAGGAUGGGUGGCUAUUGUUAUUUCCACAGGUUUCUUUAUAUUUGGAUUUUGUUGGUUUUUUGGCCAAUUGAAUUUGCGACGUUUUCUCAAGAUUCAUUCACAGACAACGAGCCUUCACACUUUAGCAUUACGACUUGGAUUAUCUGAGUCGAAUACACGACAAAACUCGAAUAGCUCUGUCAAUGAUCUUCCUAUAAUUUCAACGGCUAGUCGAAUUGAUUUUCACGAUGAAAUCGACUCAGAAUCCGAUGACGAAGACAUCGACGUGAAAAAUAAAGGAUCUUUGCCUAGAGUUGCAAGCCAAGUACGUCUAGUAGAAAAUGUGCCAAUUAAACGAACAUCUGCAAUUUCAUCUUAUAUUCAAGAGCAAAAUAAUAUUCCUGAUCAUACUAUAUCAGCUGUCAUUACACCAAGUGUUGGUUGCUUUCUGACAAGCUCAACAAAACAUACACCACAUGUUUUUGAAAAUUUCUUAAGUCGAACACAUUCAGUGCCGCAAGUUAUCAUAUUUCUUCGUAUCGAACACAUCAAAUCGUCCACAAUCGAAGAUGAUAAACGGCUCGCUGUAAAACAAUAUGGAGAAGGUAUAUUUCAUCUUACAGCAUUAUACGGUUAUUCUGAAAAUCGUAUCAAACCCUUUGAUAUUUUAACACUUGCUCGAACACAAUUCAAUUUACCCAUACCUGACGACGAAUCAAAAGUGACAAUAUUCACACCAAAUGAAACAAUUAAAGUAUCAACUGUAGGAUGGGCUAGUUGGAUUCGACGUUGGCCAUUGUAUUUCUAUGCUAUACUGAAAAGUCUUUAUCCAGGCGCAGCUGUGAACAUUAAAUUAGCACCGGAGAAUACAAUCAAUAUUGGUAUAUUAGCUAAACUAAAAUAA